AUGCGCGCUGUGACAUACAUUGAUACCAAAAGAGAUUUCAAGACUUACCAGUUCCAGUUGCUUUUGCAGAACGGCAUCAUUUCAGACCUUAUUGGAAGACUUGAGUAUGCUGUUGCAAUGAUCGAGAAGUUGAGCGCUCCGUUGACGCAUAGUGGUGGUCCUUCCACAAAAUCAUUCGUCCCCACAGAAACAGGAGCCAAGGUCUCCGCUUCCAUUCCGACUGGCAAUCGUAAACCCCCACUUCCUUCCGACACUGCUCCCCGAGCCAACAACAUCAACCCAUCAAGUUGA